AUGUCAAAAUCCGAUGCCGAAGAGAGCUCGGCUACCUCCCAAGCAGACAAGGUAGCCAAGCCUACAAUAUGGCAACGAUUCAAAGCACACAUGAAAAAGUGGUGGUGGGUGUAUUUAAUUGCAUUCAUUUGCAUUUUCUUGGUGGUGUUUCUCCCAAUCAUAUACGUUGGAAUUCCUCAUUUCGCAAAUUCCUACAUUAAUAAAUAUCAAUAUGACGAAUCCGGCUUAUCAAUCACCAAUCCUCGCCCAACAGCGUUCCACGUUAGCCAGUCGAAGAAAAUAAACAUGGGCGGUGGCUUCAGUGGAAGCGGACACCUUUCAGCGUUCAAUGCCUCAAUUCGCACAUCCGAUAACAGAGAAUUUGCGAUCUUCUCAGUUCCAGAAAUUAAAUUUGACAAUGGUGCCGACCUCGACAUUGACCAGGAUCUGGAUUUGUCUUGUGUGGACUGUUUGUCUGACUUGGCGGUUUCAGCAGCCACCGACAAGGAUUUCUCUGUGGUGGCCAAGGGAAAGCCGAAUCUGAAGUUCGGUGGCUUGCCUACUGCUCAUUUGAAUAUGGAUAAGACUUUGAGUAUGAAAGGCUAUAAUGUCACCGAGUUUGUGAAUAGUCCAGGUGCAUUCAACAUCACGAGCUUGGAUCUCCUACAAGAUAACGCAGACGGCUAUAACUUCAAUGCAACACUCUCCCUUCGCAAUCCUACUGUCUUCUCAGUCGAAAUAGGACAUGUCAUGUUCAAUCUGAGCAUGGGAGGCUCCGACCUAGGAUACGUCGACCUACCCAAUCUGAUGCUUAAGCAAGAGGGCACCAGCACUGUGGUUCUAGGGAAAAUCAAUGAGACAAUGCUUGUUCAAGAGGCCUUACUAGGCAGCGGCGAAUUUGGUGAAGUCACAAUUGAUGUUCAAGGCUAUAGUUGUGACUACAACGGCCAAACCAUCCCAUAUUUUGAAGCAGCCAUCAAGGCUGUCUCCGCGUCGGCCACACUGGAUCUAACGAAAUAUGCAUCAAGUCUGUUAGAUUAG